AUGUUCGGCUGGUUCAAGUCUUCCGAGGAGUCCAAGUCCACCCAGGAGCCCACCUGGGAUGCGGCCACUCUGGCUAUGGAACAGCCAUCCACUACCGAGACCAUGUCUUCCAACAACGUCAUCUCCCAACAACCUAGCCCCGAGUCCAUGAAGAUGGAGCUCCGCGGUGGCGGUAGUGGAGAUGUCUGCUGUGGAAUGUAA